AUGAAAGAUACCGUAGUUAAAGGAUCGCUUAAGUUGAAGAAAGUUUCAACCGAAGCACCCAAGAAAGCGAAAAAAAGCAAACCAACAGUGGAUCCGAAGCAAGUUGAUAUGACAAUAAGAAGAAACGUGUCCAGCAGCGGACCACACAAAACCGAAGCUGAGCUUCGGUUUGAGGCGAGAAGGCAAGCAAAUAUGGCGGAGAGAAUGUUGAAGAGGGCCGCCGUGAGCCAUCGUGAGAAAGUAGAAAAAUUCAACAAGCAGAUGGAAGAAAUGACUGAGUUCAACGAUAUUCCAAAAGUAUCUUGGACCAAAUAA